GACUACUCCUCGGCUCCCAAACUAUGUUUGACGAUCAGGACCUGGGCUUCUUUGCCAAUUUCCUUGGCAUCUUCAUCUUUGUUUUGGUAAUCGCAUAUCAUUAUGUGAUGGCUGACCCAAAGUAUGAAUAGGCCUGCCAUUUUUGCUAUUGAUAGAGAUGUCCUGUUACUUUUGUAGUAUGACUGGUUUCACAAUGGAUGAAACUUAAUUUAGUUAAAGGGUUAUUAUGCAAUAUGAAUGUUCGCUGUUAUAGACAUGUGAUUUUUGUUCACUUUUAAUUUCUGCUUCAUAUGAAAUUUGCAGCACUUUUGCGUUGAUUGGCUGUGUUUGUAUUUAAAUUUGGGUACACUGUUUGAUGAGAUG